GCACACAACAUGGUGCCCGAGUCAGUCACACAUCGUCUACUUCUCGGAGUCGUUAGUCUCCAUAGUGGCCGUUGUUUACAUUCGGCAACACUUGUGCCCUUUUCCACUCGAAAACUAUGUUGUGGACUUGUUGUUCGUCCCCAUGUCGUGCUCCGGUGACCAGGUGAUUUUCGAAAUGAACGCCAGACAUCGACGAUUUUUACAGACUCUUUCGUUGGCCGCUCUUCUCGCAUACACCGCGCUCUUCGCCUACCAAACGCUCUCACGUGGAGGAGUCGUCGAUGAAGAGAACGUCCUCGCCGAAAAACUCCACCAGAGAGCCCCUCUCGAGGAGCCGUCCGUGACCAGCGAGACCUCUUCGGCGACGGCGACCCUUCGGCCACCCUCCACUGUCCUCGACGACGUCUUCAUCAGCGUGAAAACCACCAAAAAUUACCAUCGCCAGCGACUGCCCAUCAUCCUCAAAACGUGGUUCCAGUUGGCCAAAGCCCAGACUUGGUUUUUCACCGACACGGACGAUCCGGAAUUUCAGCUAAAAACAAAUGGCCAUAUGAUCAACACCAACUGUUCUUCGUCGCAUAACAGGAAGGCACUGUGCUGCAAGAUGUCAGUCGAGUUUGACACUUUCAUUGAUACCGACAAAAAGUGGUUCUGCCACUUCGACGACGACAACUACGUCAACGUACCUCGACUAGUCCGCUUCCUGGGGGAUUACAAUCCGAGAGAAGACUGGUAUUUGGGCAAGCCCAGCAUCCAAGCACCGUUGGAGAUAAUCAAUAAGGAGAAAAAACCGACGCAAAAAGUCAAGUUCUGGUUCGCCACGGGCGGCGCGGGUUUCUGCUUAAGUCGGGCGUUGGCCCUCAAGAUGAUGCCGGUAGCCAGUGGCGGCAAGUUCAUCAGCACCGGGGAGAAGAUCCGAUUGCCGGACGACGUCACCAUGGGCUACAUAAUCGAGCACCUGCUGAAGAAGCCGUUGACGGUCGUCGACCAGUUCCACUCGCAUCUCGAGCCGAUGAAGUUCAUCAGACGGGAGAUACUCGAAGACCAGAUCUCGUUCAGUUACGCCCGGAACAAAGAUGAAUGGAACGUCGUCAAGAUCGAAGGUUUCGAUACGAAAUACGACACGAACAGGUUCCUGUCGCUGCACUGCUUCUUGUUCCCUCAUUUCAACUUCUGUCCGCGAUGAGGGGGCGCAGGGGCACCACUAAACUAUCUGUGAUUUUUGUAAAUAAACUUGGUAUACCUUAAUUCUACGUCGGCUUUUUUGGUGACUAGUCUAACGGAUUUUAGGCUUCUAGGUUAUAUUUUAACGAUUCGUUAACAACCAAGAAUUAACAUAUUAACAUUUUUAGCUGAUUGCAAUGUCUUGUGAUAAUCAAAUAUUAUGUAGCUAUUUUUAUUUUAUCUCACAUAGGUUUUAGGUGCAAUUAUAUUGUAUUUUUGCUCAAAGUGUAAAUUGUACAUUUUUUGUAUAUACUGUAUGAAUGUUGAACGUUUUUAUAUAUUUUUAAAAUAAAGAAUUACGUUAU